AUGUCUCGAACACCAAAAAAAGCUUCUGUCGAGGAAGAAAUCACUAUCGAUAACGGAGAUACACGAGAUUCAGAUAUUACAGAAAUUCAAAUUCAAGAAAAUGAGAAAACCAAAAAUGCCAAAGAUUCAAUGAAUACGCAACUUAAUGCUGACAGAAAAAGCUUUCAGAUUCGUGCAUUGGCAAGAAAAACGAUUUCGUAUCAAAAACGACAAAUGUUUGCAAAUAUUUGUUGUAUAACUUUAUGUCCGUUUUUGAUGGUUUUAAUUUCCGGAAUUUUAGGUAUCGUGAUUAAUGCAUUAAUUAACAAUUCAUCCGGUGGCAGUCAAGAGUUUCUUUUCUGCUCGAAUGCAAAUGCUUCUGAUCCGACAACAGGCCAACCAUACAAGCACGAUUCCGAUAAUCUUCCCAAGGCACCUAGGAAUACAAUACCAAAUGCCCCAAGCGGCGUCGACACUGUAAAACUCACAAAUUAUUAUAUACCUCCACCUGGAGACGAUCUCUUUGCCCCAGCUGGCACCGAACAAGGCUGUGUAUACUGGUUUGAACACGAUUACCCUUACCGUCUACCUUAUGAGCCAGAACCAACGGUUAAAAGUAACGACACAACAUUCCAACCAAAUCCUCCGAGUGGUUGGUUUAGCAAUACGACACUCGGUAACCCUAUAAAUUUAUCAUAUUUGGCUAUCCAUCAGACUCUUCCAUAUUUACUAGUCAGAGAUGCAAAUGGUGUUGAUUCAGGCGAAAAACCUCGUCAACCACUUCUUCCAUUAAGUGCACUAUCAAAUUUGUCUGACACCACCACAUCAAACGAUUCUCUAAAAAUACUCAACUCUAUUGAAACUAGUUAUUAUGUAAAUAUCUCACGCAACGACUACAGUUUGAAUGGUUUCCAGCCUGUGCCAUUCUUUGAAAAACUUGGACUAAGUGAGGAGGAAAUGGACGACCAAUUAACACAAAGAAUUCAAGAAUUCAUCUUUGAAGUUAUCGGCGUAGACAAAGCCGCAUUGGAGAAUACCGAUUCUAGUUCUAUUGAGAAAUUGAAUUUUUUUAUCAAUAUUGCUGAUAUUGUAGCAAGAAUGCCAUGGGGAAAUCUCUUAUUCGAUGUGGUCGAUCCUGUAGCUAAAUUAUGGAAUUAUACAAUGCAGAUUGGUCAGGAUAAACGUAUCGCUGCUGCUGCUUCAUAUCCAACUCAAGGAUUCCGUCGUAUCGCCACUCAAAGUGAUCUUAGCAAUGGCAUUUUGAAAACGGCAAAAGCUUCACAAUCGGUCAAAAUUACACAUGGAUACAGAGUCAUGCCACAACUUUAUUCCUCAAAGAUCAAAAUCGCUGCCAGCGCAUUAGUUGGUGGAAUCUUAUUUCCAUUUGGUGUCUCUUUCCUUCUUCCAAUCUUUGUGAUCACUUUGGUUAAAGAAAAAGAAGAACGAAUCCUUGUGAUGAUGCAAAUGAAUGGUCUAAAGAGCUUUGCUUAUUAUUUGACACACUAUAUUCAUUUCUAUUCGCUACAUAUUAUUACAACAAUAGUAUUUAUUGUCACUGGUAUUAUUUUCAGAAUGGAAUUCUUCACGUUAACUGAUCCAGGAGUCUACAUUCUCUUAUUCUUCUUCUGGGGACAUAUUCAAAUCGCCCUUGCUUUCUUUUUCACGGUUUUCUUCAGUAAAAGUCGAACCGCAUUAGUUAUCACAUUUUUGUUGGUAUUAUGUGGCGUCAUUAUUAGUUUGUCCACUACAAACUUAUUUUUGGAUAGCAAAGCACCAGGCUACUAUUUCAUCUGGCCACCAUUUGCUUUUUACCGUAGUCUAACAGUGAUCAACCGUCAUAGUGUUAGCAAAACAUUAUUGCCUUAUAGAAUGUCCGAUUUGACCGGAAACGAUGAGGUUUUGACUGCAAUCAUUGCCAUGAUUGCUGAAUUCUUUUUCUUCAUGGGAUUAGCAUUUUACUUAAAUCAGAUUAUGCCCUCAGAAUAUGGUGUCCCAAAGAAAUGGAAUUUUAUUUUCACCGAACCAUUAAAAGUUUUCCGAGCUAGCCGAAAAGGAAAGGCUUCCAAAGAUGUUCCUGUCACUUUAGAAGAAGGUAUUCCUGAUGUAGAUCCGGAAGAAACUCAAUUUGAGGAUGUGGAUGUCAAGGCAGAACGUACUCGUGUAUUAGAGAAUCGUUAUCCGGCAGACUCACCCUUAGUAAUGAAACGUAUGAGAAAAGUUUAUAAUAGCGGUAAAUUGGCUGUUAAGGAUGUCACAUUUGCUGUAGAGAAGAGUCUUAUUUUCGGUUUAUUGGGUCCUAACGGAGCUGGUAAAACUACACUUAUCAGUAUUUUGACUGGACUUUAUCCACCUACUUCCGGAUCUGCCAGUCUCAAUAAUUACGAUAUUCGUGAAGAUAUGGAUAAAGUGUAUAUGAGCAUGGGAGUAUGCCCACAACACGACAUUCUUUGGGAUGACUUGACUGUUGAAGAACAUUUACUAUUCUACGCUCGACUUAAAGGAAUUCCAGCCAAAGAUGAACCAGAGGUAGUUAAAACCGCAUUACAGCAAGUACGACUAGAACCAUUCGCGGGACGAUUAUCGAAGGGUUUGAGUGGUGGUGAAAAGAGAAGAUUAUCAAUAGCUAUUGCUUUGAUAGGAAAUCCUGCCGUAGUGUUUUUGGAUGAACCAACAACUGGACUUGAUCCCGAAGUUAGACGAUUGAUUUGGAAUAUUAUACAGGAUGCAAAAGCUGGAAGAACUAUUAUUUUGACUACACAUUCUAUGGAAGAGGCCGAAGUUUUAUGUAAUCGUAUCGGAAUAAUGGCAAAGGGAACGUUAAGAUGCAUCGGACCACAAUUACGAUUAAAAGACGUUUAUGGACGUGGAUUUAAGAUUAGUAUUAGUUGUCGUCCUAAAAAUCUCGAAAGAGCUACUGCGUAUAUUGAAUCGUUAUUACCACCAACAGCAAAAAAAUUGGAUUCUUUCGUGACGAAUGUUUCUUAUGAAUUUGAACCUAAACCUGGUUUGAUCCCAAGACUGUUCUCUGAAAUAGAAAAGAACAAGAAACAGAAUGGUAUUGAUGAUUGGGGUCUAAGUCAAACUAGUUUGGAAGAAGUAUUUUUACGAAUUAUUGGGGAAGCGGAUGCUGAAGCUGAUUAA